AUGACAAUGACCGAGCAGUAUAAUUUAGAAAAUUAUAAGACCGAUCUGCUCAUCGCCGUAUUUUGCAUUCCAUUUUCUUAUUGGCAAGUGCUCAUUUUCGACGAUCAACGUUGGGUGUUCGGUUCUGCGAUGUGUAGUCUUCUAUCAUUUCUUCAAGGCAUCGCGGUGUUCCUCAGCUCUUGGACACUAGUGGUCAUAAGUUUUGAUCGUUGGAUGGCUAUCAUGUUUGUUAUGUCUCCGAGUAUGCGUCUUACCAGGAAGCGAGCAGUUUACCUAGUACUUUUUACAUGGGCUUUCAGCAUUAGCAUGGCGCUGCCGUUGUUUCUGGUCUCAAAAAUAAAGACGACACGAGAAAUAGAGCGAUGCGAUGAGGACUGGACCGCAGUCGAAGCGUUUAUUCCAGGGUCAAGACGUCUGUACUCGUAUCUGGUCUUGGUCCUACAGUACGUGGUUCCUCUCACUGUACUCAUCAUUACAUAUACAUUUAUUGGAAUGAGGAUGUGGAACAGUCGCAUUCCCGGACCCACUAGUUCAACGAAGAAGGUUGUGAUGGAAAGGCAUGAAAGUGUCAAAAAGUUAAUUCCUAUGGUAAUUCUUAUCUCUGCUAUGUUUGCCAUCUGCUGGCUACCUCUCCUGCUUCUCAUUAACGUUAUAGUUGAUUUGUGGCCUAGCGUAGCUAGUUGGAAGUACAUCCUUUACAUAUGGUGGUUCUCGCACGGAUUGGCAAUGAUGCACUCUAUGGUUAACCCCAUCGUUUAUUUUUUGAGAAAUGCACGCUUUCGAGAAGGAUUCUGCUACUUUUCACGGUUCUUACCGUGUGUGCAUUUUCAGGAGUUCAAGCUUCUUAGCGAACAAGCGAAAAGCACGCGGUCCCGAUCUGGAACUAUCAAUCCCGGCUCUUUGGUAUGA